AUGGAGCCGGUCAAGGUAGGAAAGGAGAAGUUCCACAAAUCUCAACACUGGGGUUUUUGCAACAAUGUUAGGAUGCUGGUGAGUGAAGAUAAGCCUAGAACAGGGGGAGAACCGCUACUUGGACAAAAGGUGAAGCCUAAAUACAGUGCAUUUCCUAGAGGAACAGCAACCGAUGUGCCAUCCUGGGUAGCUUUUGAUAAGCAGGUAUUGUCUUUUGAUGCCUAUGUAGAAGAUGAAGUACCUGAUAUAAGUCAAGAAAAAUAUAGAAUAAGACACUAUAAAAUCUACUUCUACCUUGAAGAUGACACCAUUCAAGUAAAUGAACCAGAGUUGAAAAAUAGUGGACUGCCUCAAGGGACUUCAAUCCGGCGUCAUCAGAUUUCUCUCCCACCUCCUGAUGAGGAUCAGUUUCAUACUGUCUAUCAUUUUAAUAUCAACAUAGACAUUGCCUUUUAUGGCCAGGCAUUUAAGAUUUAUGACUGUGAUACAUUCACAAAAAACUUCUUGAAGAAAAUAGGGGUCAAAUUAAAUCCCCCAGGACAGUGUCCAGAAGAUCCUUACAUGAAGACACGGAGAAAGAUGCUAGAGUUCAUGGAGCCCUUACGUCCCUAUGAGUCCUUUUUCGCUCUGAAACAGUUCCUUGAGUAUGAUAGGAAGGUUUUGCGUUUCUUCUGCCUGUGGGAUGACUCAGCCUCAUUGUUUAGGGAAUGUAGGGAACUCAUCCUGCAUUACUUUCUGUCUGAUGAUACUAUUGAAAUCAAAGAAGUUUUGCCAGACAACUCAGGUUGGCAUGCUGUGCCAUUCUUCCUCCAGAGGAGAAAGUUACCCAAGUAUGGCCCACCUGGAGUCUAUCAACCAGGCCGUGUAACAGACCAAAUAGUUCUCAAUUUGUAUCAUGGCUCGGUAGAGAACCGAGUGCAUGGCUGCUGCCUUUUGGAAAGACACAAGGCAAGAAAAUUAGACCAAGACUUUUACAAAGAUGUGAGUGACCUGUCCAUAGGAACCACCAUCAAUGUGUGGGGAAGAAAAGUGCUCCUUUGUGACUGUGAUGAAUUUACAAAGACCUAUCAUAAGACUAAAUAUGGAAUUGAGAACUUUACCUCCAUUCCACGUAAGGCUCCACCUCCUCCAAAAAUAGAAAGGAAAUUUCCACGUUAUGCCAACUUUGGUUCUGAAGAGGAUUCUCUCCGCUCCUGCAUAGCCCUCAUGCCCACACCUCAAACGAAGAUCCGAAAGUUCAUGGAAAAAGACAGAAAUGGCUACAUAAGCAGUACACUCUGGUUUUUUGCAAAACUGUUCACACGCAAAUGUGCCGACGUGGACAGGAUGUUUGUUAUUUCAUAUUUUCUCAGCGAUAACACAGUUUCAGUGUUUGAACCUAUAGAGAAGAAUUCAGGGAUUACUGGUGGGAAGUUCUUGAAAAGGAGUCGUGUUAAGAAGCCUGGACAAGAAAUCUUUAAAAGUGAACUAUUGGAGUACAUCAAGGCCAAGGAGCUGUAUGUUGGAGCUAAAGUGAAUUUGAAUGGCUACCUAUUUCUUCUGCUCAAUGCUGAUGAAUAUACCUUCAACUACAUGGAAAAGCUUUCAGAUAAGUUUCCUAAGAGCAGCAUCAAACUUGCCCUACAAAAGCACAAAGAAGAACCCAAGUCCAGAGAGCUCAAGAAGCUGUUUGCAGCUGCUGACUGUAGGCACACAAAGAUGGUGGAUUACAAUAUGUUCAGAGACAUAUUGAUGAGUUUAACUGUCGGGAAACUCACAGACCAUGAAGUAACAACAAUUGAACGCUAAUACCGGGUGCCCAAGGGCACAUGUCUAGAUUCCAGUGUUCUCAUUGCACAGGUCCAUGAACAGCUCAAGAAAAAUUAUUUUGAGAAUUUUGAAAGACUCAUUGCUAGAUGUGUGUACCAAGAUUGAGAAAAAAAAAAAGUAUUACCAAGCAAAGACAUCAAACGGCUGUGCAAGUCCUCCAGGUUACCUUUGAAUAAUGAUCUUUUGGCAUCCUUACUGUCCAGGUUUGAAGACAGUGAAGAACAAAUAAAUUAUGAUUCAUUUUUCUGUGCCCUGAACUGGAGAAUACAUCUGAUGCCCGCAUUGGAAGCAGUGUCAUAUGAUAAAGAGAAAUGUGAAGAUGUGUGGCUCGGGAUGCCAUCACCUAUUCCUGUGAAAUACAUUAACUAUUUAAACCUUUUAAAGGACAUGUUUGGCUUAGAGGAGGAGUAA